AUGUCGUCUUCGUUGUUUCGUCAGUUUUUUCUCUUCAUCCCAUCUCUCGUCCUUCUCUUCUCCGGCGAUGUUCCCUCCGCCGCGGGAGCUCCCACUACACGUGCGGUGAUGAGAGAAAGAAGGAAUAAGCUGCAAACGAUGGAGUUUUUAAACGCGCACAACACAGCGCGGGCAGCUUCAGGCGCGUCGCAUCUCAGAUGGGAUCAAGGCCUGGCCCGUUUCGCAAACGAUUGGGCCAAACAACGCAAAUCGGAUUGUAAAAUGACCCAUUCAGGUGGGCCCCACGGGGAGAAUAUAUUCUGGUACCAAAGGAGUGUGAACUGGACGCCGAAGAGAGUGGUUGCGACGUGGGUGGAUGAAAGCUUGCACUACGAUCGGACGACUAACUCGUGCGGAGCUGGUAAGAUGUGCGGUCACUAUACGCAGAUCAUUUGGCGCGCAACCACUGCCGUUGGAUGCGCACGUGUCAAGUGUGACAACGACCUUGGAUUCCUAGUCGUUUGCGAGUAUUCACCUGGUGGAAAUUACGAUGGCGAAAGUCCCUAUGAUUUGCCUAAAUGA